GAGACCCGCCAAGACUCGGCAUGCCUGUGAUCGACGUAGGCAGCAGCUUCAGCUCGCACCAUUGCACCGCGCCAGCGUGCGUGCAGUGGCCAGUGACAUGUUGUCGUCGCCGGAGAUGGAGGGCGGCAGUGUGGGGAGCAGCAAGAAGUACAAGGGCGUGCGGCGGCGCAAGUGGGGCAAGUGGGUGUCGGAGAUCCGCCUGCCCAACAGCCGCGAGCGCAUCUGGCUGGGCUCCUACGACGCUCCCGAGAAGGCCGCGCGCGCCUUCGACGCCGCCUUCGUCUGCCUCCGCGGCCGCGGAGCUGCCGGCGCGGACCUCAACUUCCCGGACUCCCCGCCGCCCUGCCGCCCCGGCGGAUGCAGUAGCGACCCGCAGGAGGUGCAGGCGGCCGCGCUCUCCCACGCCAACCGCGCCACCGUCAUGGAGCAGCAGGCGGCCGCUGCGGCGUUCAUGGACGUCGACGACUUCUCCCCAACGCUGUCGGAGGAGGCCAUGGCUCACGGCGCGGACGUUCUUGGCACUGGCAGCGCUGAGGUCGUGGCGCCCGUGCGCGCCGACGGCAGUAUCGACUGGCGACCCGUCAUGGCGCACCCGCCGCCGCUCUACUCCCCAACCGGGUGGGGUAGCAAUGCCUACGACUUCCUGCAGGUGCCGCCGCCGACACAGGCGGAAGAGGACAUGGAGGAGAGUUGCCAUGAUGCAUGCUCUUCUCUCUGGAGCUUUGACUCGUACUCCAGAUACUAAGAAAGUACGUGCUUCUAGGUUACACCUACUACCAGAUAGCGCCAUGGCGGCUCAUCUCUACAACUGCAUUGCUACGAGGCAUGAACUACAAGUUCACUGCUAUGAGUAUACACAAAAUUUUAACAUGAUUUUGGUGAUAAUGAUCGAUAGUAAGUGGAGUUUUCUCACAGUGCCUAUCGAGGAAUUUAAGAUAGUUUUACAGAGGUUAAAUAUACAAAAAGAUUGAUUGGAUGCAACUAUUUAUGGCCCCCUGCAGAGGGCUUGCAUGUCCAUUUCAUGUGCAAACUUUCAGUUAAAGCCUAUAACAUACACCAUGGAGAGAGAAUAAUAUCAAGAACCGGUCAAGCAUAUUCAUCAUCAACUUGCAAUAUAUAUCAAAGAGGCAUGCGCAUCAUUUUCA